GUUGUUUUGAAUAUGCGAUCAAAUACGAGCGAAAAAAUCCUCGAUCGAUGUCCAACAUUUGUUACAAAGGAUAAGGUUGGUGGUAUGUUCAGGAUGAAAAUGGCACCCAAACGAUCAAUUCAGAUUAAGGGUCAUCAAUUUAUGUUAACACCUGUCAACUUAACCGUUUACUGCUAUCAAUGUCGUGAUGCUGUAUGGGGAGUUAAUGCUCAAGCAUAUUUUUGCCAAAAUUGUGAUGUUGUUGUGCAUAAGCAAUGUACAUCUUCUCUUCCUGAUCAUUGUUAUCCGGCAAUUCAAAAGAAAACCGGAGCAAAUAAAACAAAACGUACUGGUUCAGGUGGUAAAUGUGAGAUUGAAUCACUCGAGGGUAGUAGCUCAUUAGCAGAUCAAACGCAUUCAACAUCGAUUAUUACCGAUAAGGAGAUACAUAGAGUCGAUAAUAUUAAAUCUGCUUCCUCGGAUUCUGGUAUUGGUGCAGAUAUGGAAAAACCAGUAUCCCGAUCACAAAGCAUGCGUUCUCGGGUUGAUGAAAUGCAAGAUGGUCGACGUGGUCGAUCGGCAUUUUCUUGGGGUGGUGCAUUAGCACUACCGGAAGAAAAUGAAGAACGUCCACGACGUGCACGAAGCGAUAUGGAUAGCGAAGAUAAAGCUUCACCGGUUACCUUAACCAGAUGUCCACUUGAUGCUGUUUCGUUAUCAGGAAGUUCAUCUGUAUCACAUGCUUCCGGAGGUGAGGAGGAAGUUGAGACUGAAGUACCUACGCUGGAAAGUUUUGUUGGCUGGGAAAUUGUACGACGAUUGAAACCAAAAGAAAAAAAGCGACAAGAAGUUAUCAAUGAGCUUUUUCAUACGGAAAGAACUCAUGUGAGAAAUUUGAAAAUACUUUACAAAGUAUUUUACAAACCAAUGGUUCUGCAAAAUAUUGUGCCUCCAGAAGUUAUCAAAUUAUUCUUCCCUAAUCUUGAAGAACUGCUGGAAGUGCAUGGUAAUAUGUCUAGGAUGAUGAGAAAUAUGGUGGAGGAAUGGAAACGAGAUUGUGAUUUAAAUGGUUUAUUGGGUGAUAUUGGUUUAUUGAUGGAAGAUUUAUUUAAUGGUGAAAAUGGUGUAAAAUUAAUGGAAGCAACUGCAACAUUUUGUCAACAUCAACAACAUGCAUUAGAUAUUUUAAGACAACGAUGUAAAAAAGAGAAGGACGAUCAGUUGAGCAGAUUUUUAAUGGAAGCUGAAUGCAAUCCAUUAUGUCGUAAAUUACAACUGAAAGAUAUGCUUCCGGUUGAGAUGCAAAGGCUUGUUAAAUAUCCUUUACUAUUGGAAACUAUUGCAAAGUAUACGCAAGAACCAUCUGAGGAACAAACAAAAAUUUUAAACAGUGUUAAUUCGGCCAAGAGAAUACUUUCAGCAGUAAAUACAGCAAAACGAAAUGCUGAAAAUUUGAGAAGAUUGGAAGAGUUGCAAAAACGUUUAGUUACAACAUCAUAUGAUCGUGAAAAUUUUGGCAAUGAUUUUCAUUCCUUCAAUUUAACACACUACAAGCUUGUCCAUGAUGGACCACUCACUUGGCGUUGUAGUCGUAAUAAAAUGAUCGAAUUGCAUGUUUUGCUUCUUGAAAAUGUGCUAAUAUUGCUCACAAAAACGGGUGAUGGGAGUAAAUUGCUUCUAAAAAUUCAGAUAAAAAGAAAGGAAAAUUGA